UGACAUCGACGCACGAGGCCUGUAGUUUGAAACCUUGUAUGGGCCCCUGUGAUAAGCUGUACCGUUAGCCACUUUGGGAACAAAGUUAUCACAUUUUGAAUUACAUAUUAACACCCGGUUAUUGAUCCAUAACUGGAAAAGACGUGCGCCUUUUUCGGACACUGGAGUUGCCAUUAAGGAGUAACGAGGCCGACAAGAUACCGUAGAAGCGGGCGUGUUUUGAAUGGCAUUGUUUUAAAUGCUCAGAGCCUCUAGUUGCUUUGAACUCCGGCGCAAGGAGAAAAGAAAGCUAAGCGCUAACAGUUAGCGGCGGUUGUCCAACAGCCAACUCGCGUGCCAUUUACUUCCUUGUUGUGUAAUGGAAGGCGAGAAGAAGUUUACAAGAAGUGGGGAUUUUUUUGCCGCUUGGAUGUAAAUACAAUAUAAUGAAUGGAAUUAGUUGUAUUCAUGGACGGCAGAGUUUCAACAGUACCCGGACUUUAGAAUCUGACAGCGGCCUAUGCUUGGACCACCAAAUGGAAUGUGUAGCAGCUAAUAAGAACUAGCUAGUUAAACCAACUAGCAUCUGGCUAGCCAAUCUGAGAGAUGUUCGUCCUGGAUUGCCAACGGUUAAUUAUGGAAGUGCUCGAACAGUAAGGACAAAGUUGCAGAUCAUAUGUGACAAUAUCUUUGGGCACCAAGUGUCUUUGAUUGGCGUGAGAUUAAACUCACUUUACCUGGAACCUUCUCAGUGUUAGCUUUGUGUUGCUAAUUGGAUAGUAUUAGCCACCUAGCUUAUAACGUACCUAGUCCAAUGUUUUGUUCCGCGACAAAACGAGGAACAAUAAUUUCGUAAAAAAGUAAACAGUUGUGUGGAUUUGUCUGAACUUGGGAGCCUCAACUGUAAAGGAUAUAUGCCUAAUUCGGACGUACUUCGCGAUUCCCGGGGACGUAGCCCCUCUGCGCAGCGAAAUGCUAACAAACAGGAGCGGCGAAGCAAACCCGGCAGCGGGACUGCUCAGCGGGACAGACACCGCGACAAGAGGCGCUCGUCUGCUUCUCGGAGAAAGAAACGCAGGCAGGCCAAAGAUAGGGGCUUAUGGUACGCUGGCGCACACGGGGACACGGAGAACAUCAGAAAAAGCACUUUUGACAGAGAAAUGGAGCAAGGAACAUUAGUGGAGUAUGACGACGUAAGUUCGCAGUCAGAGAAGUUCUCUGGAAGCCCCUCUCCAAAACUUGACCCCCGGCUAUCAAUGGACCGACUCAGUGAUGUAGACUUCGGUGAAUACAACGGACCAGUUUCCCCAAACAGAAGUCACCUGAGAGACAGAGAGGUGGCGUGUCUCAACAGGGGCGAACAUACAAGAGGACCAUCUGAAAGAAGCAAGCGAGACCGGGAGACGGGCAAGAAAAAGGACAGUCACAGCCGGGAUAGAGACUCUUCUAAAGUACGCAGUGGAGGUGGUGGCUCUAAGAAUCACAAAGAGUCGACAAGGAGUAGUGAUAGAAAUGGUAAAAGGACGUCAUCCUCUCAGUCUGGGACAGACAAAAGGGAUUCCAAGAGACACAGGAGUAAUACAAGAACUGAUAAGGAAACCCCGUCUGCCUACAGAAACGCUCCGCAAUCUUACAGAGAUGACCGCGAAGACCUCAGGGGAUACAGGAGGAGUCCUGGUUUAAAAGGAGACAGUCCCUAUGGGACCUCGUACCCGUAUAGCUACCAGUCUCCUGGUGGUUAUAACCAGCAAAUAUCCAGAAGAAGUCCCAUUUCUUAUGGAAGCAAGAGACACUCACCUAGUUCAACAUAUUACAGCCGAGAUGUAGAUGUUUAUGGAUCAUAUGGAAUGCCAAAGUCACCUAGUUCCUAUUCUAGCAACAAAAGGAAGCGGUCACCUGGAAGCCCGGGAUGGCGUCGUUCUCCGAGUUAUAACAGGCACAGUCCGUUGGAACAAGGAGAAUUUGCCUCAAGUCCUUAUGGGAACCGAAGGAGAUCACAAAGUCCAUACAGAAAGUCACCAAGUCCUGAUAUCAGGCGAUCAGCUCGGUCACGCAGCAAAAGUCCAUAUUUGUCUACAAGGCAUUCGCGGUCUCGUAGCCGCCACCGCCACUCACGCUCCCGCAGUCGCCCCUCCAGCCUCUCACCAAGCACUCUGACGUUCAAAACCAGUCUCGCCGCUGAACUCAGUAAGCAGAAGAAGGUCAAAGCGGCCGAAGCAGCUGCCAAGGCCAAGAACUCCAGCAACACAUCAACUCCAACCAAGGGUUCCUCGUCUGUUCCUCAACCUAGUCCAAAGUCUAACAACACGUCCAGAAAGGGCCGUCCACCCUCCCCACCUCCACCUCAGCCGGAGAAAGGGCCCAGAACUCCACCAUCCAGCCAGCCACUGUCACCACCUGACAGGUCCUCCAAGAAAACCAGUGAACUCCAGACCAGCAAGGACAGAGAAGGAAAAGGGAAGGGUGAUCCUGUGCUUCGGGACAAAAGAAAAGUACCAGCAACCACACAGGGCAAAGACAAGGACAGAGCCACUGGUCCAAUUACCCCAGCUCUCCCAUCCUUACCUUUGCCACAAUCAGUACUUGACAACAUUGAUAAAGGAGAAGGUAUUAAGGACAACUCACUCUCAGGGAAGAAAAAGCCAGAAAAGAAGGCUCGCCAGCUUCUGUCCGACCUGCCGCUUCCACCCGAACUUCCUAGCUGCACUUCCUCACCACAGAGCCCUUCGGAGGACAAGAAGUCUCAAACAAGCCGCAAAAGACCCAAAAUCUGUGGCCCAAGAUAUGGUGAGAUUAAGGAAACUGAGAUAGACUGGGGGAAACGCUGUGUGGAUAAGUUUGAGAUUAUUGGGAUCACAGGAGAAGGCACCUAUGGACAGGUGUACAAAGCUAAAGACAAAGACACUGGUGAAAUGGUGGCUUUAAAGAAAGUCCGAUUGGACAAUGAAAAAGAGGGCUUCCCGAUUACUGCCAUCAGAGAGAUUAAAAUAUUGCGACAGCUGAACCACAAGAGCAUCAUCAACAUGAAGGAGAUCGUCACAGAUAAGGAGGAUGCUCUCGACUUCAAAAACGAUAAAGGGGCUUUCUAUCUUGUAUUUGAAUACAUGGACCACGACCUCAUGGGUUUGCUGGAGUCCGGUCUGGUUCACUUCAACGAGAGCCACAUCAAGUCUUUCAUGAGACAGCUGCUUGAAGGUCUGGAUUACUGCCACAAGAAGAACUUUCUGCACAGAGACAUCAAGUGCUCAAACAUUCUGCUCAAUAACAAAGGUAAAAUAAAACUUGCAGACUUUGGUCUGGCUCGACUGUACAACUCUGAAGAAAGUCGGCCAUACACCAAUAAGGUCAUCACACUAUGGUACCGUCCACCAGAGCUGCUCCUGGGAGAAGAGAGGUACACGCCUGCUAUAGAUGUGUGGAGCUGUGGAUGCAUUCUGGGAGAGUUGUUCACAAAGAAACCCAUUUUUCAAGCUAAUCAGGAGUUGGCCCAGUUGGAGCUCAUCAGCCGUAUAUGUGGCAGCCCAUGUCCUGCUGUCUGGCCAGAUGUCAUCAAACUUCCCUUCUUCAACACCAUGAAACCAAAGAAACAGUACAGGAGACGGUUAAGAGAGGAGUUUGCUUUCGUACCUCCCACAGCCCUGGAUCUGUUUGACCACAUGCUGAACCUGGAUCCCAGCAAACGCUGCACAGCAGAGCAAGCGCUCGGUAGCGAGUUUCUGAAGGAUGUGGACCCAGACAAGAUGCCCCCACCUGACCUUCCACUGUGGCAGGACUGUCACGAGCUGUGGAGUAAGAAACGUCGCAGACAGAAGCAGAUGCCGGAGGAGCUGGUGGCCCCCAAGGCCCCGCGUAAGGAGCUGGGCCUGGACGACAGCCGCAGUAACACACCCCAGGGAUUCCCUGCUGCCGGUGGCAAACCUCAAAACGCAGCAGCUUCUGCUCUGCUCGAUCCAAAGGGUCCAAACUCCCAGCUGACACAGGAGCAGCUGGCGGUCCUCCUGAAUUUCCUGGGUCAACCCAAGAGCGCUGGCAACAUGGCACAGUUUGUCCAGUCGGUGAGCACAAAGGUCAACCAGGAGACGUUGCAGCAGCUCUCCAAAGCCCUGGCUCCCACCGACCCCGCUGAGCCUCCCCCUCAACCUCUACCUGCCAAACCUCCUCAGCCUCCUGCUCCCACGGGAGUGCCCCGCACACCACCAAUGCCCAAGCCCCCGUCACCGCCCGUGUCCGCACCAUCAGGUUUACCAGACGGGGAGGCUGCAGCUGCCACCCAGACCGCCAUGACCAUGCUGCUCGCUCAGCUCCUCCAGGCUCAGCAGCCCCAGAGGCAGGAGGCGGCCGACGGAGGAGAAGGGACGGAAAGCACAAACUCCACUGCCACAGCGCCACCAGGAGGCCCACCACUACCCCCAGAGGUCAAGCAGCCUCCAGAGCCCAGCCCAGUCUCUCCAGUUUCAGAGGUAGGUGCCAUUCCAAUCCUGCCACCUGACCAGAGACCACCCGAGCCCCCAGAGCCACCUCCACACUCUGACCUGGACUACCGUCAGCCUCCACCCGAGCCCAAGAUCGCCCACGCUCCUCCAGUUGCAUCAGCAGUUGGGGUCGAUGGCGGGAGGCCUCCGGAACAGGACUACCCACCUCUCCCCCCUCCUGCAGAGGGACCUGGAUACGCCGGCGAUUACAGCCAUCAACCGCCCCCGCCGCCACCACCCUUCACACCAGCAAGGUUCGGGGACAGCUACAUGGGUCACAUGUUAGGCGGGGGACUACCUCCUCACACUCUGAGAGACGUGUUUAGUGGACCUGGCCAGGUCACUGGGUCCUCAUCCAGUACUGGGGUUCUGGCCCCAGCUCAUCCAGACCCAUUCCCUCCAGGUCCUGGGGCCACAGGGCAAAGCAGCAUGGUGUUCUCUGGGGACAAGGACCAUCGUUUUGAGUACAAUCAGAGCCCCUUACCCGUGGAGCCACAGCCCAAUCCCAGCGCCCUCCACCUGUACAACCACACCAUGGCUCGAAAGGACGGCGUUCCUCCUCCACAUCUCCCUCCCCCCAUCCCAGCACAAGGACAACCCUGGGGCUCCCCCUCACAAGUCGGGGCUCCGCCACUACCCCUUGGCUUUGUCCCACACAUGAACUCGACGGCGACUAUCCGAGGACGAGGACUGCCUUUCUGAACAACUGGAAGUCUGGAAGGCAGAUUUAGAUAGA